GCUGAAGAGAGAGCAGAAAGAUGGAAGUAAUGCAAGUGCUUCACAUGAACAAAGGAGAUGAUGAAAAUAGUUAUGCAAAAAACUCGAAAGUGCAGAGCAAGAUAAUAUCUCUAGGAAAGCGAAUCAAUGAGGAGGCUAUAAUGAAAAUUUUGUGCAGCAAUAUCCCUGACAUCAUGGGUAUUGCAGACCUGGGUUGCUCCUCUGGACCUAACUCGUUGUCAGUGAUCUCCGAAAUUACUGAUAUCAUCUAUGCCAAAUGCAGAGAGUUGGGGCGUCCAACACCAGAACUGAAGGUCUUCCUGAAUGAUCUUCCUUAUAAUGACUUCAAUUUUAUUUUUGGAUCCUUGCCAGCAUUCUAUGAUAAAUUAAAGAAAGAAAAGGGUUCCGAGUUCGGGCCAUGCUUUGUAUCAGCAACGCCGGGUUCUUUCUAUGGUAGAUUGUUUCCUAGCAGGAGCUUGCAUUGUGUGCACUCUUCUUCUAGUCUUCACUGGCUCUCGCAGGUUCCAGCUGGUCUAGAGAGCAACGCGAGGACGGCCAUGAACAAGGGAAAGAUUUAUAUAUCAAAGUCAAGCUCGCUUUGUGUGUUAGAAGCAUAUUCAUUGCAGUUUCAAAAAGACUUUUCGUCGUUUCUAAAAUCACGUUCGAAGGAAAUAGUUCCCGGAGGCUGCAUUCUCUUGUCAUUCAUGGGCAGGAGAUCUACCGAUCCCACCACGGACGAGAGUUGCUACCAUUGGGAGCUCUUAGCACAGGCACUAAUGAGCAUGGUUUCUGAGGGGCUCGUCGAGGAAGAAAAGGUCGAUUCCUUUAACGCCCCCUACUAUGGUCCAUGUGUGGAAGAAAUGAGGUUAGAGAUUGAAAAGGAUGGUUCUUUCAGUGUCAAUCGGCUCGAGACCUUUGAAAUUGACUGGGAUGGAGGUGUCGACGAUGUGGACACCACGUCUGGUGCAGCAUCACGUGGACAGAGAGUGGCCAAGACAAUCAGAGCCGUCGUGGAGUCGAUGCUGGAAUCUCAUUUUGGGAAGGACAUAAUGGACGCAUUAUUUCGAAGGUAUGGAGAGAUGGUGGAGGGUUACUUGUCAAAGACCGGAACCAAGUACACCAACUUGGUCAUUUCAAUGGUUAGAAAUUAAGGGCUAGGAUAUUGCAGAGUAUUACUUGUACAAGAUUACUCGAGUAAUAAGAGCUUCAUGUCAUUAUGUCUUUUAAAUGCAUGGUUGUAAUUUAUCGUAUAUUUAGGAUACUUGGUUCGAAAUCUUGGAUUUUGAACAAUAAAUUGGCACAAGGUUUGCUUGCGUCCA